CACAAAAAAGGUGGCUUCAGUCAAGCAAAAUAGCGACUCCGUUCUGCACUGACUACAUUCCUAGCCCGGGAGUGCCAUUUUUGGAUACACCGGAAGUCGUGGGAUGGGAAGGCUGAAGCUCGCCCACAUCCCGCAGUCCACAAUAGAAAAUGCAACAUUAAAAUAUAAUACGGAUGUCUUCAAAACUUAAUUUUUGAUACGAAUUGACAGAAGGUGAUUAUUUAUUAUAAAUCUCUACGAAAAAAAAAUCAAGAUAUCUGUAGUCUUGUUUAUCUAGCUUUAAGGGGUUCGUCUCACUCCUGUGUAAACAAACUCGUAAACAAAGAGUGGAUAGGGCCAUGAUAGGGCGAUUAGUAGUGAUAAAAUCAUCUGUAAUCUCGGAAAGGCGUUUCUGGAUGUUACACCUGUUCUUUGACAAGAUUUGGUAAUUCGUUCGCCUGUUUCGGCGCAGUUUCCCUAACAAUGGGUCUUAAACAUGCUGCACUUCCCCUCUGGGAACAAGCGACGUACUGGGUCUGCGAAGGUGCGGCGAUCAUAUAUAUGAUGUACUCUUUAUAUUGUGCUUCUGAAGAUGCUUGGCGGAGGAAUGAACCUAUCAAGCUGGAAAAUGGAUGGACGUUCCUCAACCGACCAAGAGACUUCGCCGAUUCGGAAUGGGAUUUUUGGUCACAUUACAUCUGGCAGGUUAUCCCAUGGAUGGCUGGUCACUUGAUUUUGUCGCACGUGUUGCGAAUGGAUUUAAAGUUUCACAGAUAUAAAAAAGUUCUAUUGACAUUGUAUAGUAUAUUGGUGAUCGGUCAGCUUUUAGGAUUCAGGACACUGCUGUUUUUCUGUGCGCAGUCACUGAUUCUGUACCUGGCUUCGGCCGUCAGCAGUGUCGCGUGUGUGUGGACGGCUGGAAUCAUUUUGCUGACAGUUUUGAAUUAUGGGGAACAUGCAGUAUGCCGGUAUCUGUAUCUAGGAGAAGCAUCACAAAAUUUAGAAAAAUAUUAUUAUGUGCUUGUGUACGUUUGGGCGAAUCUAAUCCAGAGGUGGCUAGCAUUUUGUUUAGAGCGUGUGUGGGCGCAAAGAAACAUUAGAGAAACACCAGUUUUGCAGGCUUAUCCUUCAUCAGUGACACACAAGAAAACCCCUGUUGAAAACUUUGCUCUGCCCAAUGGAGGUGUGACAGUUUUAAAAGAAGUUCCCACUUUGCUAGACAUGUUUUAUUAUGCAUUCUACAUCCCACUAUUUUUCACAGGUCCAUUGAUUGUGUACAAGGAUUUUCACAUGCAGGAGAAAUUAUCACAGCCAUGCAGCCGAGACAGGCUGAGAGAUAUUUUGCUCAACAUUGUGCGUAUAAUGUUUUGGACAUUUGUAAACUGCACCAUUCUACACUUCUUUUAUGCGCAUGCGCUUAUUGAGAACAGUGUCGUGCUGGGCAAGGAAAAUCGAUGGGUUCUAACAGCUGUGGGUUAUUUUGUAGGGCAGUUUUUCAUGAUGAAGUAUAUUGUAAUUUUUGGACUGCCAGCUCAGCUAGCCCGCAUAGAUGGAUUUGAACCACCCACAGUGCCUGCAUGCGUCAGCUACAUUUAUUGCUACACAGAUAUGUGGAAAUAUUUUGAUAAAGGACUCUAUGACUUUAUGAAGCGUUACAUCUUUAUUCCUUGCGGUGGAUCACAGCAUGGAUUUGGCUAUCAACUGCUGGGUUCAGUUCUGUGUUUUUUGUAUGUGUUUUAUUGGCAUGGUGCUGAAUAUUAUCUUUUUCUCUGGUGUUUGAUAAACUUAUUUGAAGUAAUCUUUGAGCAGCUGGGAGCAUCAUUGGAAAGCACUCAUUUUGUCAGAGACAAGUUUUACAGCAAACUCUCCCCAGCAGGCAUCAGAAGAGUUCGUGCAGUUUCCUCUGUACCUCUACUUUUCAUGUCCUUGUUUGCAAUUUUUUACUUUUUUGGAGGAUCGUCUUCGGGGCCAAUAUUUUUGUCAAAACUCUUGCUUGAUAUUCCAUGGGACUGUUUUCUUCUGUUUCUUGUGCUUGUAUACUGUGGAGUUCAAAAUGCUAUGGAAAUUGACAGAUUAGGACUGGGCAAGCUUAGGCGGGUAGUUCAUGUUCAUGACACAUAACAGUUCAUAGGUCUUAAAUAUGUAUAAAAAAUAGCGCCAUGUAUUCUGUGCAACUUUGCAAAGCUUGAACUACCUUUCUGCUACUGAAUGAUUGUUACAAGUUAACAAUUUGGCUUUAAAUUAAAACAAUAAAGCUUCACAGAAAAAAAGUUUAUAAAUUCUGAUCUAUUUAUAAAGUAUGAUCCAUUAAAAACUUAGUACUUUCAAACUAAGCAUCUCUCUUGGUGCCAUCA